AUGGAACUCAGCGCCGAUCACCUGCGGGAGAAACUGCGGCGGGACCUGCAGGCAGAGCACGUGGAAGUGGAGGACACGACUCCCAACCGCUGCGCGUCCAGCUUCCGAGUCCUGGUGGUGUCGGCCAAGUUCGAGGGGAAGCCGCUGCUUCAGAGACAUCGGCUGGUGAACGAGUGUCUAGCCGAAGAGCUCCCGCAUAUCCAUGCCUUUGAGCAGAAAACCCUGACCCCAGAGCAGUGGGCCCGGGAGCGGCAGAAAUAA